CGGAACAGCUACUGUGCGGACGUCAUUUUAAGUUGCUCCGCGUUUUAAUCAAAAACCUGUCGUAAAAAGUGAAGAUUGUGUGUAGUAGUGAUCAUAACUAAAUAACGUAUAGUUGCUACGUGAAGUGGUGUUAUUUUACAUCUGUAAAACUAUGUAUUUACCAUAAUAAUCACAUACAUACUACUAGUGAACUUAACGGUAGACGAUUUGUGUUUACAAACCGGUUAGCGCUGCAGCCGCUGCCUUUAUUUUCUCGCUAGACGAUAGUGUUAUUGUGUACUGUCAGUGCAGCGCCUCCAGCGCUUAAUUAUCAUGCACAAUUCUAGCAAUAUGGACAUCGACGGCGCCGAUAACUACGUGUGUGCAGGCUGUGAACUGGCUAUAACGGACAAUUUAUAUUUAAGUUGUAGCUCAUGCCAACGUAAAUAUGACCUACACUGCCUCAACAUGUCGGUGGAGCGCUUCCAGGCGUUGCAGCAAUGCACCAAGGAUAGCUGGACGUGCCCCGAGUGCCGAAGACUAACAGUGCCUAAAACGGACUAUGAUAAUUCCCCAGCGCGAGCGAUGUACCAUGCAUCUCAUUCGAGCGACGCUUGCGUGACCAAUGUUACGCAUCGUAAAAAACCUAGCAGGCCGAGCUCUUCGCAGGUCGUAUUACCUACCCCGGAAGUUCACACAGUGGAAACUAUUAUAGACACCCCUUUAAAUAUAACACAGCAAAUUCAAGAAGGCUUUAAGCUGACAAUGGAGACCUAUGUUAUGUCAGCGCUAAAUGAUUUUUCUAAUAAGUUUUUUAUUCGGCUAGACAAACUCACAGCUACAAUGGAAUCAAUCUCUUCGCGUUUGACCUCGUUCGAUGAACGCAUCACGUCCUUGGAAACGCGCUUCAGUGACAAUAUCGACACAAAUCAAAACAAUGAGUUAGUGAUCGAAGUGGAAAAACUGAAGUGUCAAAUAAAUGAGCGCGAUCAGGAGUUACUCAUCAAUGACCUUGAGAUCACAGGGGUCCCUGAGACAACAAAUGAGAAUAAACUACACCUGAUAACACUUAUAGGUCAAAAAGUCGGAGUGGCUGUAUCGGAGCAUGACGUGAUGAGUGUAACCCGGGUCGGUGUUCGUCGUGCGGUCCCAGCUCAGAAAAUACACAGUGGAGCGAACUCCGCAGACGAGUCCAGCAGCCUGUGCGAGGCGACCCCGGAGGGACCAGGAGCGGCAGGCCCCCCCCCUGAAAGCGACAGUACUUCGAGCGUUAUUAUGACGUCGCGGCCUCUGGUCGUGCGGUUCGUGCGGCGUGAUCAGCGGGACCAGCUGCUCCGAGCAGCUCGCGUCCGACGUGUCAUCGAUACGACGGGCCUCGGCUUCACCGGUAAACCGAGUCGAGUCUACAUUAACGAGCGUCUCACAGCUGCAAACCGGCAACUGUUUUAUAAAACUCGAAUGGAAGCCCGGCGCCUGCAAUGGCGAGCCCCCUGGACGACUCGUGGUAACAUCUUUGUUCGACGCGAUGCUGGACAUUCGGCAAUAAAAAUCAGGUCUGAAGCCGACAUAGGUAGGGUUUUUGGGAACAAAUAAGUUUGCACCUUAUGUAUUACUUAAUGCUUUAUUAAUGCACUU